AUGGCAAACGGUGGUGGUAGCAGUAGUGAUAAUAAGAAGGUCUUGCAUGCGGCUGAUGAGGCAGAGAGAGCGGCUAAGGAGAGGAGGCGUGUUAUGGAGGAGAAGAAGCGGAAAUUGGCAGCGGAGAAGGAAUUGUCUGAGGAGGAUCAGCAGUUGAAGAGCCUCCUCGAGAAGCAGGUUGAGAUUAUCACUGGAGGGUAG